UGGGUGGAUCGGGUUUUUAUUGGGGACCAGUUGAAGCAGAGAGGAGGUGAGUCUUCCCGUCUAAUGGGAUCAUAUUGGCAUCUGUCACUGAGCUGCAUGAGGCUUCAUGAGGUUACCAAGCUGCUGCUGCUGAGCGAAUCAGGGAACUUAUAUUUAGCCUUGCAAGUGGCGCACUACGGAUUAUGUCUUGGGGCUCUCCAGUUUCGUCUUCAGUGCAUGAAGUUGGGGGGUUGUGGAUCUCCAACAGGCUUUCAGGUGAUGAGCAGGCCUGCUGCAUGGUCUCACAAUCAGAUCGGCUUGGAUUUAAAAACUCUUUCCAACUUCACUUUUUUCUCACAAAUCUGCCCCCAAUUUCUGGAAGAGGGAUCAUUCUUUUUCCUGAUAAACUGUAUAGGUGAGGCUGCUCCUCCUUUACCAGCAGAAGACAAACCGACUGGACUAUCACCGACUCCUUCACAAAGCUGCUGAGGUUUGGGAUCAAGCCGUGUCAUGGAUUUACUGGCCUUAGAGGCGAAGAAAACAAAUGGAGCCGAACCCGAGAAGAAGCCAGCACCCAGGCCGAAGCCAAAACCUCAGAAAAAGGCUAAAAGGAUCGUUUAUUUUGAGGUGGAGAUUGUGGACUUGAAGACUAAAGAGAAGCUGCUGCUGCUGGACAAGGUGGAACCGACAUCAACUGUUUUGGAUAUUAAAGCUUUGUUUCACAARUCAUAUCCAAAGUGGUAUCCUGCUAGACAGUCUCUGCGUUUGGAUCCAAAGGCCAAGUGUCUCAGGGAUGAGGAAGUUCUCCAAACACUUCCUGUUGGAACCACAGCCAGCUUCUACUUCAGCGACCUGGGACCCCAGCUCACCUGGGGGACAGUGUUUCUUGCUGAAUGUCUUGGUCCRCUGAUUCUUUACCUAAUGUUCUACUUCCGCCUUCCUUUCAUCUAUUCUCCAAAAUAUGACUUCACCAGCAGCAAGCACUGGGUUGUACAUUUGGCCUGCAUGUGUCACUCCUUCCACUACAUCAAGAGGAUUCUGGAGACGUUGUUUGUCCACCGUAUCUCCCACGGGACCAUGCCUCUCAGAAACAUAUUCAAGAACUGUGGUUAUUACUGGUGCUCUGCAGCGUGGAUGGCAUAUUACAUCAACCAUCCUCUCUACACAACUCCCUUUUACGAGCAGCAGCAGGUGAACACAGGUCUUUAUAUCUUCCUGUUCUGUCAAAUAGGGAAUUUUUCGAUCCAYGUUGCACUGCGAAACCUCAAACCACCCGGUUCAAAAGUCAAGAAGAUUCCUUAUCCAACAAAAAAUCCAUUCACAUGGAUUUUUUGGUUGGUCUCCUGUCCAAAUUACACAUAUGAGCUGGGCUCCUGGAUCGGCUUCACAGUCAUGACCCAGUGUGUGCCCGUGGCUUUCUUCACCAUCGUGGCCUUCAUCCAGAUGACCGUGUGGGCCAAAGGCAAACACCGCAGCUACAUAAAGGAGUUCAGAGAUUAUCCUACGCUCCGCUCGUCCAUACUGCCCUUCAUCCUGUAGAGCCUGGAAGACAAAAACAGCUCUUCYUUUAGUUGAGUCAUGGAUCCACAAGAAGUGGAAGGUUUUGUUGUCCACCCCCUGAGUGCUGGACUGGUAAACUGUCCGAGGCAAGACAAUAAAAUGCAACAAAGUCUUAUUAUCUAGUUAGAGUAGAAAGAAUGUGAAACAAGACCUUUUUAUUUUCCUACUUUUCGAGUUUGAUGUUCAACCAAGAAGGCUGCAAAGUCGAAUGACAUGUUCUUCAACGACGACUGAUCAGCUGUUUCCCACAGAGCCCAAAGGUUAAAAGGUUAAAGUGGUGUGCAGCCUGGAGCUGACAACUUAUGCACUGAUCUCAUCCCAAAGCCUUCAACGCUUCAAAAACGUCCYUUUCAGAAAUAAAUCAUCCUGCUUCUAUAAUCGAAAAGAAAACAUUUAGUUAAGAGCUGACGUGCAAAACGUUUGUUUACAAGUGUACAGUCAUUCACUCAUUGGUGCAAUUUAACUAUGAAGCUGUCGACUGAAAGUCAAUAAAUGAGCUCAAACUGA